UUGUGGUACUGAACCCCGCUUGAGAGUGAGAGACGGUGCUAGCGGACAAGUGGGCGGACCGAUGAGACGACACUCAACCCGACUUUCCACAGAAUUAUUGACAUCUGAACCUAAACGGCGUGGACUAACGAUAGCGGCAUAGCACUGAAGAAAGGCGAGAUCUGGACGCAAUUGGAAGGAGAACUGUAAAGGGAAGAAGCCACAGGUAGGAAGCUUUCGUGGCUGAAGAUAUCAGAGUGCAAGUGGGUCAUGUAGAUUUUUAGUAUCUGACCCGAGGGACCCGUCGCAGCAGCAGAACGUCGGAGGUCGAACACAAGCAGAAGCGAGAAGACGCUGCUCCUUCUCACCGUACGUCCGACUGGGUUCCGCUCCUGGUCCCAGGAAGAGCCACCAUGUCCAGGAGAAAGCAGAGCAAACCCCGGCAGAUAAAGCGUUCCCUUGGUGAGCUUGAUGGCAAGGAGGAUAACACACUUGACAACCUGAGCCUCUCGGGAGAGGAGGCGGAGGCAUCAGACCCAGAUGAUUCAGCAGAAGGUGACAGCAGUAGUCCAGCACCCUACACACCCCCUUACAAUGAAGAGCCUCGGAUGCAGGACAUUCAUGGAGACCCUGAGGAGGGUGAUGGGGAUGGGAAACCGCAAGAUCUUGCACACGGUAGUCAUAAAGAGGAAGAUGGAGUGGAAGAGGAUGGUAUGUUGCGGUGGAGCGGUCCAGAGGAGCUGGAAUUCAGUAAAGAAGGCACCAGCAGAAAGGUCAUCGCUCGCAGAGACCUCCAUACGGACACGGUUUGGGGACCCUACCCUGGGAGCCUCCAGUCAGAUGGCAGCACAGACAAUGGGGGAUCAAAGAGUUCCAGCUGGACCAUAGUGUGUGAGGAUGCGGAUUGUUGGGUCACCUGUCUUGCUUUGACUACUGACCUAUCGGAUGCAAACUGUACUAUAUACAGCCAAGGUGAUGAGCUGUUCUGUAAGGUGACCAGAAACAUAUUGGCAGCAGAAAUGCUCUUGGGCACCCCGUUACCUCCUCCAAAACCCUCUUCGCCCGUCGCCAGGGAUUCACCUCUUCUCAAAAUUGUCACCACAAAAACGUCUGUGGUAAAGGAGGAGCCAGUGUAUCCUGCAGCUCUCCACACAGACAUCCAGCUCCUUCCACAGCAAGCGGGCAUGGCUGCUAUCUUGGCUACUGCCGUUGUCAAUAAGGACAUUUUCCCAUGCAAAGACUGUGGGAUUUGGUACAGAAGUGAAAGGAACCUGCAAGCCCACCUCAUGUACUACUGCGCCAGCCGACAGAAACAGCCAGCUGCGGAUUCAUCACCGCCACAAGAUAAACCUAAGGAGUCUUAUCCCAAUGAACGCCUAUGCCCCUUUCCUCAGUGUAACAAGAGUUGCCCCAGUGCAAGUUCCUUGGAGAUUCACAUGCGCACACAUAGUGGUGAGCGUCCAUUUGUCUGUCUCAUCUGUCUGUCGGCCUUCACCACUAAAGCCAACUGCGAGCGCCAUUUGAAGGUCCACACUGACACAUUGAACGGGGUGUGCCACGGAUGUGGCUUCGUAUCAACCACGAGGGAUAUUCUCUACAGCCAUUUGGUUACCAGCCAUAUGGUGUGCCAGCCUGGAUCCCGUAGUGAGGUCUAUUCUCCAGGGCCAGGCCUUCCUAAGUUGCCCUUGUCCACUGUUCUCAGCCCAGGAGACUCCGGUGUGGUUUUGAAGUGUCAGGUCUGUGGACACAACUCUGGUUCCCCUUCCCAGUUGCAGCAGCAUGUGCGAACCCACCUUGAAGUGAGAGUCCCCACUGAAAGGAGCCCCACCCCUCGCCAAAGUACCCCAUCAUCGGUCGACCAGCUUCAACCGUCUACACCAGAUGCUGAGCCCCUAGGCUGUGUCCCAAAGUCAGAUUCCUCCAGCCCAGGUGCUCACGGUGGCUCUGCCACUCCCCGUGGCUGCAGUCCUCCUGAUUCCCAAACCUCCACCCUAAGAAUCAAAGAAGAACCUCAUUCGGAAUCUGAGACAGAAGAACAUUCAAUGGAAUUUCAGGAGGAUAGUAAGCAGACUGAAUUGAAAGUAGAUGAGAAGACAAAGGAGGGCAAAACGAUCAACUCAUUUUGUCAGACAUCCAAUUCUCCAAAGAGUCCUGCCAGCACAGCAGUAAAAGCAGAACCAACAAGUCCCACUCCUGGUUGUAGCCCAAGUCAUAUUGGUGGUGGUGGCUCGGUUUUCCCUGGUGGCUCAAUGUUUUUGCCCCAGUACAUGUUUAACCCGGAAACAGCUAUUUUGCCUCAGGCCUCAGAGAUCCUGGCUAAAAUGUCUGAGAUGGUUCACAGCCGUCUGAAGCAGGGCCAGACAAUUCCUCAGAAUAAUGCAGCAGCUUUCUUCUCCUCUGCACCCACUGUAGCAACAGCCACAUCAACUCCUCCUCUAAAAGGAGCUACCUGCUUUGAGUGUGAUAUUACAUUUAACAAUAUAAACAACUUCUAUGCACACAAGAGGCUUUACUGCUCCAGUAGGCACCACGGAGAAGGCGCAACCUCUGUUUCAGGCCCUGCAUUAGCAAGAGAUAGUUCCCCAGGCACAUUGUCGUCUAGCAAGGCACAAGAGUCAUCAGCCUCUCCUCAUGAUGGAGCUGCGAGCAGAGCGGCUUCCGCCUCACCUUCCGAAUCCGAAGCUGCCGCAGAUAGUGGAGCAGCAGAAAUCAAGAGAGUGUCGGUGAAGACGGAAACUCCUACGGGGCGGGAGGGAAUGUCAUCUUCUUCGGAAGGCGAGGGUGUAGGUAGCAAAGGGGGACAAGCAAGUGAAGGUAGCCAGAGCCCUGCCAGUGGAUCUGCAGAAGAUCUCGAUGAUGAUCCCAACAGAACAUUUUGUGAGGCUUGCAACAUCCGUUUUAGUCGGCAUGAAAACUACACUGUUCACAAGCGCUUCUACUGUGCGUCGCGUCAUGACCCAUCCAACCAACGAGCCGUACACAUGGCAAAGGCAACCACCGCAACAGCCUUCCAUCCUCAACCCAUUCGUACGCGCAAAAGGAAGAAGAUGUAUGAAAUUCAUAUGGCGCGGACAGAAGCUUUAGCAGCCGCGGCAGCUGCCGCCACAGUCGCAGCUGGCGCUUCGGCCCCAUCUCCUUCAGUGCUCGGCUUGGCGGUGAAACAAGAGGUUUCCCCUGGUGGCGCAGACAGCUCUAGCCCUGAAGGCGAUGGCCCGAUUGAUUUGAGUAAGAGGCCCCGACUCAAAGAAAUUCCUCGGCAUGGAACCAACAGUAUUCUUCCUGCCCUGCCGCUCACCGAUUACCAUAAGUGCACCGCCUGCAGUAUCAGUUUCAACAGCAUUGAGAAUUACUUGGCUCAUAAAACCUACUAUUGCCCUGCCACCACCCUCCAACAACAUACUUUACAACUCCACAGGCUAAAAAGGUCAGCUUCUACCUCUCCAGAAUGCAAGUCUCACCAAGAGAGGCAAGAGCUUCUUCAUCCCAGGGAAACGCAAGCUCUAGCCGCUGAUUGGAAUACACAGGCACAAGGCUCAUCGACCAGUCCUCAAACCUCAGCUUUAACUGCCUCUGAUGCCACAUCCCCUCCUGAUGCAACAAGCACGCUUGGGGCCACCUUAGGAGCAGGGGCCAAACGCGUUGGCGCCGCUUCUUCUCAGAUGGUCUGUCCAUAUUGUCCUAACAGGCCAGUCACCUGUGACCUAAUUGAGCACUUCAAGACUAUACAUGGCCUGGUUGUAGCAAUUCAGUCACCCCAAGAGGCUCAAACUCAAUCAGGCAUCAUAGUUAGCCCCAGCCCAAGCCUUAGUCCAAAGGACGUAGUCACAGCCAACAUCUCCAGUAGCUCAUCAAAACUGGUUUCUCGCGCUGACCGAGAUAGCGUUAAUGGGCAGGCAAGGAGUGACACCACUUCCCCUUCGUCCCCUCUGAUAAAUGGCUGUCCAUCAAGAGAGGGUCGAUCACCAUCAGCGAGUUCACCUCAACCUAUUUCCCCAUCAAGGGCUCUUCCUCUGACUUUAUCACCUGUGCCUGACCACCGAAGAGAAACAGUCGGGAUGCCCCUGCUUCCAGACAAGACUUCACCGACUGUUGCCUCCCAUCCUAUCCCCACACCCCCGCCAGCCCCCAUCCCCAGUCCCAAAACCCCAGUCAUCUCCCCGGUCCAGAACGGUAACUCCCGUUACUGUAGGCUGUGCAAUAUCAAGUUCAGCAGCCUCUCUACAUUCAUUGCGCAUAAAAAAUACUACUGUUCCUCUCACAGUGCAGAACAUGUCAAGUGAUCUGAGAAAUUCACCUCUUAUGUGUUCCUCCCUGUAUCUGACUGGGUAGAUGCUACUCUUCAAUCAGCGCCGUGAAGCUCCCAAGGACUCUUUCUGCUCUCAGUCCUCCUUACAGGCAGGUGCCAAAGUGGCACCCAGUCGGCAUUACCAUUGCUCAAAAUGAAUGGCUGUUACCCAUCGGCAGAGCCUGAUGUUUUCUCCUGAGCAGAGUUUGCCACUGAUGUUACUCGCGGAAUAUUCCUCUCCCAUUUGGUCAACAACACUGUGAGCUUAGAGGGAUAUGAUACGUUGGUCUACCUGCACACUGAAGUGUGCCUAAUCCCCUAGGUUACAUUAAAGUCCCAAAUUAAUCACCAACCAUUUAUUAACAUGAUUUUUCAUUGUGGGACGUUAAAAAAGUUCUGUGUGAACAACCUCAAUCUUUCCACGUUGAACUGAGUUUUUUCAUCUGCGGGAAAACAGUGAUUAGAUUCUGAUAGUUGACAGAUAAUGAUCAUAGUCAACGCUGAUUCUGGCAACUCUUCAGUACAUUCUUGUAGUCCAGAACUAAACCGAGGAAUAAUGUCUUCUAUGGAAAAGACUCGAUCAUGUGUAAUGUUUUUAUUAUCUGUGCAUAGUCUAUAAUGUCUAAAAAAAGAAUUCUAUAAUACAUCUGGUUUCAACACUGGCUCUUUUUUGCUUACUAGAAGAUCCUAAGGCAUUGUUUGUUAACAAAAAAAAAAAAAAAAAAUAGAAAAAAUAUGUGGUGUGAAAUGUUACCAAUUAGUGAAGGAUAUUUUAAAAUUUAUUUUUUUUUCUCUCUAAUAAAAACUUUUUUUUAUUAUUAUUAUUAUUCUCUUCAAAUGCAAGGAAGAGACAAAUGUGAAGUAUUUAUCUUCUAGUCCUCACUGAUUUCAUGUCAACAGAAAACUACCUACAUAAUGUGUAAGAGUAUUUUAAUUUUCUUUAUUGUCAUGCUGUUAGAAGGAACUGUGUGAAGUGUUUUUUGUGUAGAUUUCUAAAAUCCUCUGCCUGAGACUACACUGAGUUAUCUUUAAGUAUUGCUUCUUCUAUUGUCCUAGUCUAUCUGAUGGUAACAUCAAAUUUUGAUUUCAUUAAUCUACAUGUGGAUUAGCAACACCAGUCGAUCCAAUUGUCGCUCACGGCUUCAGAAAGUGUAUUUUGGAUUGAGCUGCUUAAAUACUGUGAUAGCAAUUAAGUCACCGUUCAAACCUUAAGAUUUAUAACAUCUGCUCAAUUAUUUGUUUUUUACCUGCAUCUUUUGACCUCAAAAAGCACACGUUUUUUUCUUCAUGUUUUUAGCCCUAUAUGAAGUGAUACACAUCAACCCAUGCCAUUAUAUACACAUUCUAAAAAUGCUUAAGGUAUAUUCAGUGUCAUUAUAGACCCUACCCAUGUGACGUCACAACUCCGCCCUCCUGACUGGUGCCGCCCAAUUGUCCGUCAACACAUCGUGUUUACCUGUUACGGCUACGUACAUUCCUCCUAUUUACGGCGUGUUUUUCUGCUCGUUAACAUUAAUAAUCAAAAGGUGAAGGCGUGUGUGGCGGUCGGUUGCAAUAACAGAGAAGAUAGACGGAGAGACUUGAAGUUCUACCGGAUUCCGAGAGACCCGGAGAGGAGAGAGCGAGAUGGGCUGCUGCAAUUCGACGAGAAAACUGGGCUCCAAACGAUUACCACAGAUUAUGUAGUAGUCAUUUUAUAUCUGGUAAGAUGCAUUUAAUAUAUAUUUAGAGGGUUUUGGGCUGACAACCACAAUUAAGAUCAUUGCUAGGCUAAUCGCCGACAACAUACACGUAUGUACUGGACUGUCUCAGAAAAUUAGAAUACACAAUAUUCUAAUUUUUUGAGACAGUCCUGUGUAUAUAUACAGGACUGUCUCAGGAAAUUAGAAUACACAAUAUUCUAAUUUCCUGAGACAGUCAAGAAACAAUACUGUCUCAGGAAAUUAGAAUACACAAUAUUCUAAUUUCCUGAGACAGUCAGGAAAUUAGAAUAUUGUGUAUUCUAAUUUCCUGAGACAGUCCAGUAUGUAGUGAGAAUGCUAUCGCUAAACCAUAUAAACAUUAAAAGCCCUAGCUCCAUUGACAAAUGACAUGAAGUGCAUUAGACUUGACAUUGGAUGUUAGCAAGAACAAAAGAUUUUGAAUUGAAAAUUUCGUAACUCACCUUUCCAAGCACAAGAUAGAUUCCUGCCGAAUUUUCGUGGACGAGGACCUGUUUCACCCAACCAGCAGCGAAGUAUUUAUAAGCCUCCAAGCUCUUAAAGUUUUUCAAACUUUCGUGAGAAUAGGCUGAUUUUGUGUGGACAAGAUAGUUGUAAAUAUCAGGGUAGCUAGCAGAUGUCAGGCAAAUACGGCGAAGACAGCGGGUCGAAAAACAUCGAUUUAGGCAUCAAAUAUGGAUCUGGCGAAUGGAUAAACUGAAGCGUUUCCACAUAACGCCUUUUAUGCAACGCAUCAAAUGAGUUUACGGCAUCCGAAAGCACCGGGUCUUCCAUGAAAUGCGUUAUAAAUUGCUCGAUCAAUUGAGACCAUUGAUAAUACAGACACAAAAUGACGGACAAGGGGGCGGAACAAUACAGCGAUCACGUGAUUUUGUGACGUCGGUGGGUAGGGUCUAUAGAACCUCUUGAACUUCAGACCGUACAUAAUUACAGGGAGUCCUCGGAUUACGAUGUCCUUGAUUUACGAUGUUUUGACUUUACGACACCUGUGCCUAGUCCGCAAUUUAGUUCCCAGCACCAGUGUAUAUUGCUUGUCUAUAUAUGUGCGGCAAUAGUUUCUUUGCCUUUUUCGUCCUGCUUAUUUCACAUUGUGGCCCCGAAGAAGAAAGCUAGGUCUUCUAGAUCCAGAAAAUAAUACCAUUUACCUUGGAAAUAAACUUCAUAAAAAGAAACGCAAAAAGAGGGACACAGACAAACAUUGAUAAAGAUAUGCUGCAUUCUGACCAAAUUUACACUGUUGUGCAAAAAAGUCUGAAAAAAACAACUUCCGGUUCACGUAACAUAAAAAUAAGGACAGUAAUUAAACGAAUCAGGUCGCCUGCAUGCUUCAAGUUGCAAUGUUGAUGUGAUGAAUGUUGUGUUUUCUGGGCUGUCCCUAAACGCACCGCACUGAGUGAGAGAGAGGAUGAUGUUGGAAGUUGACGAGUUGGUUUUGUUUUCGUUUUGUUGGCGUCAGCUACGGCCUACAGUAGUCUUGUUCUGUGCUUUCGGUUGGGAAAAAAACAUUGUAAACAAAGUAGAAUUGGCCAAUACUGACUUUUUAACCGAUAAUCGAUUACCCGAUAUUGUCCAAAUCCAAAAAUCUGAUAAAUGCGGUUGCGGACUUAACAUAUUACAGCUAAUUGUAUUGUGAUUCAAACUUUCCUAAAAAAAAAAAAAAACAUUCUGUGACAAAUAAGAGAACAUAACAAUUGAAGUUAUAGGGGUAAUGGUAAAUGUUUGUACUUAUAUAGCACAUUUAACAUUUACCAUGCCCCAUUGGGGGCAAAUUAGGGUUCAGUGCCAUGCACAAGGCACUUCGACAGUGGGCAGUCGUAGCUUGGAAUUGAACAGCUGACCCCUUCGGUCCCAGGACAACUCGAGCUACCAACUGUGCUACGGCCACGGCUAUAAAGUAGUUAUAUUGCACCACUAUAUUCAUUCAUUCAUUCAUUUUCCAUGCCGCUUAUUCCUCACGAGGGUCGCGGAGGUGCUGGAGCCUAUCCCAGCUAACUUCGGGCAGUAGGCAGGGGACACCCUGAAUUGGUUGCCAGCCAAUCGCAGGGCACAAGGAGACACACAACCAUUCACGCACACACUCACACUCACACCUAUGGACAAUUUAGAGUGUUCAAUCAGCCUACCAUGCAUGUUUUUGGGAUGUGGGAGGAAACCGGAGUUCCCGGAGGGAACCCACGCAGGCACGGGGAGAACAUGCAAACUCCACACAGGAAGGCCGAAGCCCGGGAUUGAACCCUUGAUCUCAGAACUGUGAGGCAGACGUGCUAACCACUCAGCCACCGUGCCGCCCUGCACCACUAUAUGUAUUGUUGAAAUCAAAAUAGUAUAUACAUUAGUUUUUUGGAUCAAGUGCAAAUAAGGCACUUAUUCUGUCUUCAAAGUGUUUGUGGGUACACAAAUCGACAGAUACCGAACAAAUCGGGCUCUAAAGACAACUCAGACGCUUGUGUACAGUUGAAUUGACUUUACUGUGGUCAUCUUUGUCUUCAAAGGGAGAACCAAAACUUUUUUUGUAAAUCUAAAAACAUUGUGUCAAUAAUAUAAAGUCACAAAUAGAGCAAAGUAUACACCACGAGUCUAUUUGAAUUACAACUGGUAGUACAGCUUGCAAGCAAUGAAAUAAUGUAACCACUUUUUUACUACGAAUAGAAACUAAACAAAAUAAUACACAUCUCCAAUAUACUACACUACGCUCAGGAAUAUAAAACAAAGAAUAUAACUUUCAAGUUCAAAUACAAAUCCUUAGGAGGACAUUUCUAAACAUUACAGAAAAUAAGGAGAGAAGGCAUUCAAUUUAAUUGAACUUGUAAGAAGAACAGAAGGGGACUAUCCAAUGCAAUACUAGACUACAUAACAAAGUCUCCAUAUACGUUUUAAACCUAACCCAUACGUUCCCUUUCUUUUUAUUUGAGAUGUCCCUAGAGACAAAGGAGGGCGUCCUUAAAAAACCUUAAAAGGAAUUGUGGAGCAAAGCGAGGGCGACACCCAGCUUGUUUGGCUAUUUGUAUGCAUGUAGGUGGAAUUAAUACGUGUGUGUUAAAACAUUCCAACGUCGAGUGGCUGUCGUUGUCUCAAGCUGGCCAGCAGCAGAUGCAGAUCUGAUCAAUAACUUACAAGUGAUGCUUGUAUAAGGAACAAACAACAUGGUGAGACGGCAAGAACUGCUAUGGUACACUAGUUGCAGAUGUUAGUUCGUCCAUUUAGCUCUCUCUGUUCAUGAUGAGCUUGUGUCUUCGUAUGAUGACGUCAGCACAUAAGGCUGGAACUUUUCAAAACUAAUUACACAUAGUGCCAGCAGGGGGCGUCAAAACACCAGAGACACAGGCAGGCAAUAAGUGGACAUGACAGCACCGCCAUAAGCAUAUUGGCCCAAAAUUGAUAAUAAAAAACAAUGUCGAUAUUAUCCGAUAACAUUUUAAAAUGCUUUUAUCGGCCAAUAUUAUCUGCUACCCAAUAACUCUAUUGAAAACCCUUGUCCUUGGCGACGCUACAGUAAAUAAAGACUUUUAGUCUUGUAAUUCUAUAACUUUUUUCUGGUAACAUUACUUCAAUCUCCAAAUAUCACACCAAAAGCAGUAUGUGCAACAGUGAACAUAGCUCUCACUGCCUCUGCUCCUUCUCCAUCCACCUCUCUGCAGUAAUCCUAUGUACAGCAUCUUUUUUUUUUUAACUUAAUUUAUUUUAGUUAUUUCAUACAAACUAAUAUGACGUAAAUUUCGUUCUCAUUCGUAACUCGAGGGCUCCCUAUAUACAGUAUGAUACCUUGUUGAACGAAAGACUAUGAGUUUUAUUUUAUUUGCCAUUUUUCAGACACACACACACACACACAGUAAAGUCCCAGGCUACACUUGCCGUUGCAGUGACGAUUUCAUUUUAUUAGACGUAUACAGUAUGUCAUUGAAAAUCUUUUUAUUGUUGGAUUUGAUCCAUCAAUCAAACAAUUUUUGGGGGGAAAAAAACCUGACAACACAGAGUCCGCUCAAAUCUUCUUAUCUCUAAGUAAUAUAGUAAUAAUCAGGCAAGCUGAUUACAAGGAACAGCAUUGAAUGUAUGUGUUUUAAGUGUCUGUGAUCCUCACUCAUUUUAGCACUGAAUAAAUCCCAUGCUGCUAAAUGUUCCAUUAGGUACACAUUUAGCUCAGUUGGUUGCCACUCAUUUAAAUUACUGAAUAGCCUCGUAGAACAUAAAGCUCACGUUGUUUAUUGGGAUAUGAAUAAGGUGAUUUUGCCAAUUUCAGGUACAGUAUUUUCCCAGUGCUGUGAUUGCUCUUCAUCUUAAAAAUUCACAGUUGCAUUUGUGAAAAUCAUUACGCAAUGUUGCCAUAUGCAAUCUUGGUCUGAGACUAAAACUGGAUCCUAAAUGUUAAUUCUUUUUUAUUCACGUUGUGCUUUGCUCUAUUUCACUUAACAAUUUGAUUACAAAUGUUUAUCAGAAACUUCUAAUUGACAUAUUAAUACUUUCUACACAAAACUGUUUACGCACGGUAACAGCAAGACAGCAUAGACAGUCAAAAUAUGGUCAGAUUGUGGAGCGCUGGACUUUUUUUUUUUUUUUUUCACGGUCUUCUUCCGAUUUUGUUGCACUGUGUUGUCUAAAAUGUGUUAUUGUAGGGAUUUGAUUUCCUGAAACUGUAUUUAUUUUAUACAGCACUUUUCCCCAUUAAAAUACAUUCUUGUUCUAUUAUGAAGGACCCUCCCACCUUAUUUUCCUGAAAUGUAGAAAACCUCAAUGAAUGUCGAAUCCUCUAUUUUUUAUUUUCAUAUGUUUCAUUUCCACUACAGGCUUGUCCAAACUAUGCAUGGGAAAUAAAAAAAAUGCUCUGAGACACAUUA